AUGGUCUUAGAUAAUUGUGGGGUAGGGGGGGGGGGGGGGUGGAGGGUGGGGUGGGGGUGGGGGGGGGGUUGGGUGAGCUUUGUGGGGGGGGGAGUGGGGGGGGGUGGGGGGGGGGGGGGGGGGGGGGGGUGGGGGGGGGGGGGGGGGGGGGUGGUGGGGUUGGGGGGGGGGGGGGGGGGGGGGGGGGUGUGGGGGGGGUGGGGGGGUGGGGGGGGGGGGGGGGGAGGUGGGGGGGGGGGGGGGGCUUUCGGUGCUUUUCAGGUAUGA